CAAUUCGAAAUAAUUGAAAAAAGAAAAAGUUAGUAGGUGUAAAAAAAAAUAAUUAGCCGACGAAGGUGGGAAGCAAGUUGGGCCGUCACGCCCUUCCAAAAGCCACACUCCUCCCCCUCUUUUUUUAUAAAUCAUUCUCUCUCCCCUCAACUAAACCACCAAACACCUCUCGUAGUCUCCGCCUUCUCCCACCCUUCCUUUUUUGUUCUCGACACAGGUGCAUAAACAAAUGGCGACUUUUCGAAUCUCUUCGACUAGCAUGACCACCACCAAGGCCGUUCUCAGAAGCCAGCCGACGAACAAGCUCAUCGCUAACAAGAGCCAGCAAGUCUCCGUCGGAUCGGUCAAGAAAGUCACGACAUCCUUUGGCUUGAAAUGCUCAGCCAAUUCAGGAGGUGCAACCAUGAUGUCAGCGGUAUACAAGGUGAAGCUCAUAGGACCAGAAGGGGAAGAGAACGAGUUCGAGGUUCAGGACGACCAGUUCAUAUUGGACGCAGCGGAAGAGGCGGGAGUUGACUUGCCUUACUCUUGCAGAGCCGGUGCGUGUUCCACCUGCGCCGGUCAGAUCGUGAAAGGCCAAGUUGAUCAGUCCGAGGGUUCGUUUCUCGAGGAUGAUCACUUUGAGAAAGGUUUUGUCUUGACUUGUGUGGCUUACCCGCAGUCGGACUGUGUGAUCCAUACCCACAAGGAAACUGAACUCUUCUAAAAGACCCGUUCUCGUUUGGUGGUAGUGUGAUGCAAAAUUGUUAUUUGAGGUAUUGUUAUUAUUAUUAUCAGUUUCCUUUCUACGAAAUUGUGUGUGUUUAAAAGAUAAUGCUUUUUGUAUGAACACGUCUCAGAUAUGCCUUUUUAGCUUUCAUCAAUCGUCACCGGGUUACAACUGGUUAAUAAAGUGGUUAAAUGUCAUUCA